UCGAAUGCAUCGUGUCUAGCUAGGAAGCUAUUUUCCCAAUCUAUCGCAUUAUAUACAUUAAUAAAAAACUAUUUGAAUAAUAAGAUAUACCCGCUCUCGCGAGAUGAUAAACAAGUCAUAAUGGCGGCGCCCACGAUGGUCAUUUGUGACGUCUUACGUAUUUGCAGAUAAAAGAAACGGUGAAAUUUCAGUCAGGGUCAAAUUUUCCGUAAUCAUUCAUUGUAAUGUCCUAAUUAAUUGCAUUGGACUCAUCUACGCUUAACCAUUUAUUGCCCGUGGAAUCAAUUUCGAUUCCAAUGAACAUGAGUAAAAAAUUGUCGAAUUCAAGAGGUACAAGUGACUGCAGAUUUCCCACUCAGCCUAGAAAGAAUAAAAAGCUGAAUAACAGAAAAAACAAUUUGACCAAUGAAUUCCGGUCUAGUAGCAAUAGAAAUAGUCAUGACCAAAGCGAAGAGGAAGUAUUUGGAAUGGAGUGCCAAUCCAUGUUUUGGCAACAACCGAGUACAUCGCGUCAAGUAUAUCACUCAGCUCAUAAUAUGCAGCGCCUUUUCACAGCCAUAUCGGAUCCUAGUGUUUGCGGAUAUUCUGCAGUACCUGCUACUUACACAAUGGAGCCUGUUCCGUUACCUCCCCUAUAUCGAAUUCAAGAGCCAGUCAUUAAAGCGCAAUACAGACCUUACAGAGGUAAAACAAGAGCAUCUUUAAUGAGUAUGCAGCAUCGUCCUGCAUGGAGUUUUGAUGCGUUUGGAAAUGAUUAUAUGAGUCUUCAAAAGAAAGGUUGGAGCCAUUCUAGCCCUGUGGGUUAUCAAAAUGGAGAUUAUGCAAGCUUGCCCCCUACUGCUAACAUUGACAAUAAAAAUAAUAGAGAGGAAUUGAGCGCGGAGCACAGACGAUACUCAGAUCCUGGAUUAGGCCCUGCCGACCCACCAACUACGUCAAGAAGCGAUGAGACGGACAGUGCGGAUAGUGAUAGUUCAAUAACGACCAUUGGAAAGAGUAAUAAACUAUAUUUGACACUUAUUGAGCAGAUAACAAAGAUGAAGGAAAUGAAUAGUCAAUUGUUUAAAGAAUUGCAUCAAGCCAAAUCAGACUUAGAAACCGUAAAGACUGAAUUAAAUCAAUUCAAAAAAAACAUUCCUUCGGAUUACCAGCCAGGAAUGUUAUCGGAUAUUAUUAAAGAGAUCAGAGAUGCCAGUAGAAUCAAGGAAGAGGUGAUGCUCUCAAAGUUGAAAGUGCUAAUGGAUAGUCAACAAUCUCAAAAAUUCAUAGAUCUAGAACAGUUGAAAAGUCAACUGGAGAAGGUGAGGCGCGAGAAGGACGAGAGCGUGGAAAGAAUCGGCAAACUCGAGACGGAAGUUGCAGCCCUGAGGCUGAGCUUAAAUAGCAGCGAGAAUCGUGAGAUCGCUGCCUUCGAGGAGGAGAACCUGACGCUGCGCCGGGAGCUGCAGGAGGCGAGGGCCUCCAGGAACAUGGCCGAGUGCCAUGCGACAAAGUGCGUAAACGCUGCUGUAGCCCUUCGGCCUGUCACGCCUGUACAUUUCGACUCACCUAGUCCCUCUAUGACGAGCACCCCCGUGCGUACCACAUACGACUCCACAUCCACAGAUCCAUCCCCAUCCGUCGCCAGUCUCCGUUCCACGGACGGCAAGCACGACUCGGGUUCGUCCGGUUCAUCGCUGCUGCUGGACGAAUACCUGUACGAGGACGAACGGACACUCGUCGCGGCCGUGGCCACGGGAACCUCGUCAAAGGACGAGAAGAAGCCAAGGGGACCAGAGCACGAGUCGGACAAGGCCCGCGAGGGCCCCAUUCAUACCAAUAUCCUGGUCGCUGCUAGCCCCGUCGUUUCAAAAGACUCGACGAAUAUCCUGACCUCCAGAGUCCUGACAGCACCUUCACGCGCCACCUACACCACCACCUACAUUUAGGUCGUACGUGCGGGGCCAAUCAUAGCAAAUAAUCAAAAGACAGAACAAACAAUUUAUAAUACAUAUGAGACAUCUUUAAAUACAUAUAGAUACGCACAUACACGCGUGUGUUUAUACAAUUCAUGUAUACAU